AUGGGUCGCAGUUCAUUGGUAGGCAGAUCACAACAUGGCAUCAAGCAACACAUGUCAACUCCUAGAUAUCUGCAAGGCAAUGGCCAAGUAGAAACAUCUAACAAGAUCGUGCUGCAUUGUCGGAAGAAGAGAUUGGAAGGCGUCGAAGAAAAAUGGGUUGAUGAGCUGCCUGGAGUCCUAUAG